GCCAGCUGCCAAUCCCGGCAGCGACUCCACCCAUGCCCCUGAAGCCGGCGCCCCGUAGGCGUGCUUCCGCCCCGCCCCCGCCGCCGGAAGUGUGAUGUGGCCGCGAGCGGGUCGCCAUGUCAGCCAUCUUCAACUUUCAGAGUCUUCUGACUGUAAUCUUGCUGCUCAUAUGUACCUGUGCCUAUAUCAGAUCCUUGGCUCCCAGCUUACUGGACAAAAAUAAAACUGGACUGUUGGGAAUAUUCUGGAAAUGCGCCAGGAUUGGUGAACGGAAGAGCCCCUAUGUGGCUGUGUGCUGUGUCGUGAUGGCCUUCAGCAUUCUGUUUGUACAGUAGCAACCGGAGAGUGUCCCCUACACCCUACCACCAAGCAGCACAGCAUGGAAGAACUUCUGGCAGGAAAAGAUGGAAAAAUGUCAUCAAGUCUCCCCUCACACAUUGGAUAGCCUGUCUCUUAGUGGACACCCCCUUUCCUGCAAACAGACCGUCAUGUACAGUAUUAGUGUUCAUCAUGUACUUAGUAAUGUCAAGUCAGUACUGACACUCCUGAUGUAACUCUUGAAAGGGUGUCUGUCGUGUAUAUCAGUUUAAGGGGAGCUUUUUUUACACCAUGCAGUUGAAAAGGCUUUUAAUUUUUGUUUGAUAGACCUAUUUAAUGAAACUUAAAAAUUAUAAGUCUAACAAUAGCAAUAAAACCACUCUUAAAAGAAUAAAGAAUGUUGCGACUCUAAGAUAUGUUUACAAAAGUAUUUUCGGUUCUUACUGUCUAAACAAUUCCUGUCAUUUUAUGAUAGCUAUACUGACAUACCAAAAAUAAGACUUUUGGCCUAAGUUACAUUCAUCUUUCAUUUUGUAAACUUGUAAUUGCUCAAUCAAUCAACAUUUUUAUUGUUAAGAAGAUAUGAAUUAAGGCAGGGACCAUAAUUGUAGUGAUGUCUGACUAGCUGCUGAGAAGGCACAGAUGUGCGAUUUGAGAACCUGGACUGCUCUGUGUAAAAUAUCAUAUAUAUUCGUUUUUAGAGAUCUAGGUCUCAGGUAAAUAAUUUCCCAACUUUUUUCAAUAUUGUGACAAAAAGAUUCUAAAGGCUCGCUGCUGUUGUUGCAUGUAAUAUGAGGUUGCUAAAUCAUCUCAGUGAACAGUUAGUUACCUUCUUAGGAGUCUGCAGAUAAGGAUUUGCAUGUCCCAAUAUUCUUAAAGAAAACAACUAAAUUAUAUUACAGUCACUAUUAAUAAACAUUAGAUUCAUUAGAUUACCUUUAUCAGUACUUGCCAUUAGCAUUUAUUCUGUAAUUUUGCAAACUUUCAUUAAUCUAGCAACUUAUUUUAAUAGUGCCUGACAGGUGUGUUUACAUCAGACAACUCUAUGACUUCGUAUUGACAGCAUUUCAGAGAGUUGUCUGUUAGCAGGAUUUGUUGUACUGAAAAGGUGUGUGAUGAGAAUUAGCUAAGCUGGCAAUAAAACACACUGAAAAGUG